ACCAAGGAGAGCCUGCUAUUCUAAGAGUUUAUAGCUCCCUCUCAUGUCCGGUGGGUGAGUGACAGUGAGAGGCAGGCAGAGGGUGUUUCUCCAUUGCAUCUUGGCCAGGGACAGCUGACUGGUUGGGAUCUAAUUGCUCUCAAGUGAGGUCAGCAGGAGGCAUUUAUCUAAGCAGAGUGCACAGCGACAGUGGAAGAUGCACAGAGUCAGCCUGCCAGAAUCAGGGAGACAUCCAUGGGAAUUGACAAAAGCUUGCAGCUCUUGCUUAGCUUUACUGCAUUACUGGGUUUGGUUUACUGAGACUACAACUUUAGAACUAAAGAGUCUUCAAAUUAAAACUCUUGCUGAAAGGGAACACACAUCUGACAACUCCUGUCAUCACUCAGAGCACAUUGAUAUCCUGCAUAACAUUUCCUGAACUGGAUUAUGACGUCCCUUGUCGGACUAUGGUCUCAAGAGGAUGGAGCAGUCAACGCACACCGUCACUGAAGACUAAAGAGAGACAUCAACUCAUAAUACUGUCACCUGUCUUCUUCUUCACACCACUCUCCAGCUUCAGCCAACGCCAACCAGCUUCACAAAGUCUCCUCCACAACUACCCUGUCGAAACGAUCCACUAGGAAUCCCUGCUGCAGGAACAGGGACCUGGAGGUCACAACACAAGGGUCAGGGGGUCGCUGCGCCGAGGGAUAGCGCACAAAUCUCUAUCUCACAUUUCAGUAUGUUGUUCAUUGAUCCCCACUGCAUUGUAUUAUAAUGCGCAAAUGGAUGCUGACAUGGAACCUUCAAAAUCUGUUCUCGGGACUGUACCUGCAUGCAAUCUUCCUGUUCGGCAGUGUGUGUGUGGUCUACAGUGACUGCACUCCAGAGCAACUUGCCGCCAUCAUGAACUGCUCCAAACACGAGCGCCACACCAGGAACUAUGACUACAUGGAGGGAGGAGAUGUGCGCAUCCGACAACUGUUCAGCCGCACACAAUGGUUCCUAACAAUUGAUGACAAUGGUAACAUCAAUGGGACUCAAGAUCCCACCAACUGCCACAGUAUCCUGGAGAUCAGGACAGUGUCUGAGGGGGGCAUACUGGCUAUCAAAGGCGUGAAGAGUCAGUAUUAUAUCUCUAUGAACAAGGCUGGACAGCUGCAAGGCAAGAGGAUCUACAAUGAAAACUGCAACUUCAAGGAGGUUUUCCUAGAAAACUACUUCAAUGCUUACUCCUCUACAAAGUGGACUAAAAAUGGCAAAGAAAUGUUCAUAGCCUUGUCUCAGAAGGGAAGGCCAAUGCGAGGGAAGAAGACCAGGAGGGAGCACAUAGCAUCUCACUUCAUUCCUAUGAAGUGCAGGGAGGAGGAGAGGAGGGUGGACUGAAAAAGCAGAGGACUAAUGAGUCACAAAUUGUGUAUGAUUUCAAUCGCAUAUUAUAUAUGUUAACAGACACAUAUAAACUCAUUACCAACAUCACGCUCCACUCUCCUCCAUUUCUAGACUUGUUUUGUUAUGUUCCAUAAUAUGUUGUAAUUUUCAUAAAGCAACAGAUAUCAGAUGGGCACAUUAAACUAUUCCAAACAUCCUGAAAUAAGAUGUUGAAACAAUACAAUACUGAAAUAUUUGAAAUAGCUGGUACACAAACUGUAAAACCACUAAAGUCUACUCAAUGUUAUUGUUAUUUUGACUUUAAUAUUAUAUUUACUUAUAAAACAGUUAAGUGUUUUCUUAUAAAACAGUAAAAUGUAUUAUGCGCAGUCAGGACUGUAUCCUUUUCCAAAGAUGCCAGAUGAGGAGACCUGUAUGAUCAACAGAAAGGUCCAGAAUAGAGAUUUGGCUUGACAAAGAUGUGCUGAAGCAAGCUGGACUUGUCUUUUUUAAUGGUACAAGUGCUCAGAGCACACAAAAGAGAGGCACAAUGAAUUACAAUAGCAUGUUCGGUAAAAUUUGAGUAUGUGAACAAUCUGUUUGUGAAUGAUCUGUUUUGAUCUAUCUGUCCUUCCUGCAUUGAAAACGCUGGUCAAAUGCAUUGCAGCCUUUCACUGAUUAGCUCUUCAUUAUCAAGGUUUGAAAUGCUAAACUAUUGUGCUGCUGCUGAAAAGAUAUCCAGAUUAAAAUACAAUGUGAACAACAUAAUAAAUAUGUAUGCUACGCAAUCUCUUUCCAUCAGAGUAAAUAAUCCUGUACACUAAAAGACCACAAAUUUAUUUAUAAGGAGAUUUUUUUUUUUGUUUGUGUUAAGACAUUCCUAUUUUUAGUAAGCAUGACUAAGACAAAAAUGUACCAGGAGGACCAUUUAUUUUUACCACACCUAAUCAAAUACUCAUUUCAAUCUCUCUCUGCAUGAUACCACUGCAAUAUCCCAAUACUGGAGAUAACAUUACAGUACCUUGUUAUUCAUGGUUGUAAGUUAUUUGUCUUAUUUAUAUAAAACAGAUGAGUACUAUGUUAAAGUGUCCCUUUUCCUUAUAAUGUGCAUUGUUCUACCUGGAUCAUGUAAUGUGCAACUGUUGAAGUACAGUAUUAAAGAUUGUAAUAAUGGGUUAUAUGAUCACUAGGGGGUAUAAAAGACUCCAAAACAAACUCACAGGAACUAUCUUAUCAAGUUCUUUAGGUUAACAUGUUAAUUAGCAAUUGCCUACUUAGACUUCCAGUAGAAAGAGAGCAACAUAGACAUCUUUGGUGCCAUUUUUCUAAUAUUCACAAGCACCUUUUCCUGCUUUGGUCUGACAGUUUUUGAUAAAAAUAAAAAAAACUUUUCGUCAACACUCUGUUGACACCAUUAUUUCACACCAGACACCUGGUAAUGUACAAGCCACAGUGUUGAUUCUUAGGGAAUUGGGAGUACUAGCAACAAUUUCAAAUCAUAGAAAGUCAUUUGAUUCAAUGUUAAUGCAAACAAUAUAGCUCCAUGCAACUUCAGGAAGAAAAUCUGCAUAUGAACCAUGCCUUUAUUCUGCCGUGUAUGAAACUAUGAAGCUGAGCAGCGAGUUCUGGCGUAAGAUGAAAAGAGAAUUGUACUCUGCUGACACACUGUGAUAAAAAAAUUCAACACACCCUCAAUAAUUCAAUAAAUAUGAUUUGAGAAAUAAAUGUUUUUUUUACUAUGCACAUGCUGACCAUUACUAAGAAAGAUGACCUUGUAUUCAAUCACAACUUUUUAAAUAUCUGUAAUCUCACGUGGUUUGGCCUCAUUUUGGGUACAUGAUAAAACUGUAUUAUGAUAAAUAAUAUGAUAAGUA